AUGGACGCCUUGGAGGAGCUCGAGAAGUACGGCUUUGAGGGGAGCGAGGACGGCUUCUACGCCAGGGACAAUGACAACAACGACAACGACAAGCCCGAGCCCUUCGGGGAUUACGACAAGCUGAGGAAGACGAAGGCCUCCAUAGGGUCGUCCCUGGACGUGCGACCCGUGAGGAACUGGGCGGACGAUAGCAACAACAGGUGGAAUAAGGGCAUGAAGUUUAUGAUGUUUAUGGACAAGCUAAGACUGAGGGGACAUAUUGUAGCUCGAGUAGCUCUUAGCACUGCUAAAGACGAUUUAUUUGGUUUUACAGCCGAUAUGCAAACCUCGGCGGUUAGUUCGGCGACCAUGCAGCCAGAUACGCCGCCAUACCUCCUAGCUAGCGCAGCCUAA